GGGACGCUAAUUUGAAAAGAUGAAGUGAAGGCAAAAAAACUUAGUUUGUAACCGUUCUAUUUUAAGGGUUGCCUUUUCCAUGGGCAAAACAGCACUCCCUUCCCUCUUCCUCUCCAUCCCCACAAAAACGAAAGGGGAAGAGGUAAAUAAGAAAGUAUAAGAAAGGGGGUUUGAACCAUUAGCUUUCACUCUUUUCCGGCUUUUCUCGCAGGAGUAAACCAAAACAAUUACCUUCACUAAAAAGAAAGGGUUUGAGUCAUCUGAUCACAAUUAGACACUCAGAGAACACUGCCUUUAGCUUUUUGCCUUUAGCUGCAAUUGCAUUUUUACAUCAGAUGCCAGACUCCACCGAGUCCCACUUCCACAGCAGGAGACAUUCCGCGCUAUCCCAUAUCCCAGUGGAGGCAGAUCUUAAACAUCUCAUCUGGACACAUCUCCCCACCUGAAAGGCCUUUAAAGGACAGGCACCACCUCCCUUCCCUUCUUUCCCUGCCAUUGAUCCAUGCACUUGAUCCUUUAGCAUGACAGUCCCCAAUGGCUUCCACAAAAACACCAUGGAAAAUCCUUCUUACUCCCUACAUCCCACGCAACACCAACCCUCAAAAGCUCGCAGAGCGCAAGACUCAGUAGAUGAGUUUUGAACACUGGCUCCGGGAAUCAUGCCUAAGUUUGCCCUUUUCUUCGAUAGGUUUCAGUUUAAAAGCAAGCCUGAUUAUCCAUCAACGCCUUCCCCGCCAUGUGGCUGUGCACUUACAAUUAAGGCAUCACCACUGGGAAAACGAACAUGGAUUUCAGUGCCCUCAAAGGAUAAAAAUGAACUCCCGUUUCCAGCAUCUUGGUUGAAUUUUGCAGUUCCUGGACUCUGCAGCAAAAGAGGACAGUGGCUGCCCUGACUGUGCUUUGAUGAGAGAACCCCUCCACGUCACUGUUGGAGGUGACUACAGGACAGGAGAACCCAGAUCAUGAAUCCUGAGAGCCAUCAAACACACGACGGUCGUUAAUCACAAUGCUGUCCACUGCAGACAAGCAUCUGCUUUGAUCUACUUUGCUUGUGUCACACAACGCAGCUCUUCUGAACUGAAAUUCAAAUAUCGGAGACAGACGCUGAUACCAGCUAAGGGAAUAGCCCAGCACAUUUACAUUCCUGCACCUGCCCUGCUCUGAAUAGGAGCAGCACCGCAAUCCCCACCACCACCACCACCUCUAUAAAGCUCCCGUUCCAUACGUGACACUCGGGAAACGGCAGCCGCCAACCUGCGCUAAGCGUUAGCGCAACAACCUAGUGUUCUGGCGCAGCACCGCUACCCAUCCUGGACGAUGGAAGCUUGUUACUCUCAAGGCAAAUUCAAUGCCACUUCCUAUGAUGUCAUGGCUAUAGUCAUCGUCUCCCUUCAGACAUUUGCUGGCAUGUGGAUCAACGCUUUCAUGACUUCUGUGCUUUGCGUUGCCUGGCUCAAAAAGAAAAGCUUUAACUCUAAUGAGAAGAUCUUGCUGUUUCUGGGAUGCUGCAGGUUUUGCUUUCUGGGCAUCACAUGGGCAUAUUCCUUUCUUUCAACAAUUUAUCCCCGGUGCCUUUAUGUUCACCCCAUACCCCAAAUAUUGUCAGCUAUUCAAAACUUUUUAAAUUUUUCCAACUUGUGGGUUUCUGCCUGUCUUUGCAUUUUUUAUUGCCUAAAAAUUGCAAAUUUCAGGAACACCUUUUUCAUCUACCUGAAAGGAAAAACUGACAGGAUCGUGUCGUGGCUCUUGUUGGGUUCAGGGCUUUUUUCCCUGGUCAUCAGCAUCCUUGCCUACAACAGCAUUGAUGAAGCACACAGUGACAACUUCAAUUCCACUGGCCAAGGAAAUUUCUGGAAACUGAACAUCAAAAUGGAUGAACACUUGUUCCCUCUUUUUUUUCUCAGUGGCGUUGGAUUUGCCAUUGCAUUCAUGGCGGUAAUCUUUUCUGCCCUUCUCCUCCUCUUUUCUCUCUGGAGACACAAAAGCAAGAUGCAGACGAACUCCGGGAAGAACCUCAGCAUGGACGCCCACGUCAAAGCCAUGAAAUCUAUUCUGUCCUUUUCCUUCAUUUACAGCGUUAACUUUGCAUGUUUGAUCUUGACCAUGAUUUACGCCACAAAGAAGGCAAAUCCUGUGGUGUUUCUCUCUUUAGUAUUACAGUGUGCUUUUCCGUCUGUUCAUUCCCUCAUUCUGAUUUUCAGCAAUCAAAAACUGAAAAAGACACUGCGCAGGACUCUGUCCUGUGGGCAGUGCAAGGGUUGCAUGAGGUAGGAAAUGUAUUGAAAGCUGGAGCCCACUAAAAAU